AUCCAUCCUUCAAUAGGCUUAACGACGUGAUUCAACACACGACAACAAAGGAGAACACCGCGAGCUUGUUUGAUUGGAAGCUUCCAGCCUUACACUUGACACCUAAUUGUAACGAUGAACUGUAAAUUCUCAGCGACUCAAUUUGCAUCAUCGGCAGCGCAGCGGUGCAGCUUGCGGAGCAUCGCGCCGGUGACUCGUCGCCGGGCUGCAGCUGUAAGGUGCAGCGCUUCCCAGAGCGAGGUGGCGAACCAUCAAUCGCAAGCACCUGCAAACGGUGCACCAGCCACCGGUCUUGCCAGCAAGUACAACUGGACCUUCGACAACAAAGAGGAUAAGUCCUCGGGUGCAGCUAGCAACGGGCGACAGAUUUUGGAACUACCGGUUGCGGCCAUCCGCAGGCCGCUGGGCCGCACGCGCGGCAAUGACCAGGACAAGGUGGCGGCGCUGAUGGAGAGUAUCACCGCCAUUGGGCUGCAGGAGCCGAUCGACGUGCUGGAGGUGGACGGCGUGUACUACGGCUUCAGCGGCUGCCACCGGUACGAGGCUCAUCAGCGGCUAGGGCUGGAGACCAUUCGCUGCCGCGUGCGGAAAGCCAACAAGGAAGUGCUCAAAAUGCACAUGAUGUGAUGUGAUGUGCUGUGUCGGUGGUGUACGGUUACAAGGUGGUGCACAUGAUCUUUGCGUGCCUUCCUGCUGUGUACAAACAGAAAUCCCGGUACUAGUGGGAUGGCGUUGGAGGGGGUGGGAUGAGGUGUGCCAGGUGUAGUGUGCGACGUGUUUACGUGACGUGUACCGUAAUUGUUCUGUCACGCGGUGUUCAUACCAUGACAGACUGUUCGGAACAGGAAGAAAACAGGGAGAAAACAGGAAGAAAAUGCUGUAUGGGGCGCAAAUCAGAAGUUGACGGCGCCGGUGGGACUGGUGGUGGUUUGUGUCUACUGGUGGCUGGAAUGCCCGACAACAUCACGGGGCGGGGCGGUGCACGCGCGCAUGUCAGUGUGCGCAAUGUAUGGGCUUCAUGGCAUUGCAGUUGGGCUGGGCUGUGCUGGUUUCCGCCGCUUACCUGUAGCACGGUGCUUAAGUUGAUGCAUGCUCGAGGCGUUUACAGUGGUUGCGAUAUGAACGGACUCGAAAUGGUGAGAGCGAUCAAGGCAGGAGGCAGGGUGCGUGUCGCGUGGGCGGCUAGCAGGUAGGGGGGCGAAUUAGUUUCAUUCAAGCAUCGUGGAUAACAGGGCGGUAUCGUAGGUUUCAAGUUUGUACGCAAGCACGCCCCGCGUAGGGGAACGGGCUCUGGCUGUCGGCAUUGGCCAGAUUACUGCCGCUGUAACGCCGGAAGGUG